AUGGUUUCUGUUCGCGAUGAAGUCUCUGGACGAGAAUAUCUACAACUACUGGGCGGUUUCACUAAGGGUCCUGGAAUCACAGAAUGGGAUUGCGAAACUGUGUUGAGAUGGAUAAUAUACUUUCUUAUUUCACUCUCUUUCGCUUUCUCUCUCUUUCUCUCUCUCUCUCUCUUUCUCUCUCUCUCUCUCUCUAGACCACUCAACACCCCCCUCUCUCUCUCAACCGCCCGACCCUCUCUCUCUCUCAACCUCUCUCUCGACCGCUCGACCCUCUCACUCUCUCGACCACUCAACCUCUCUCUCUCGACCGCUCGACCACCCUCUCUCUCUCUCAACCGCUCUCUCUCUCUCUCUCUCGACCGCUCGACCCCCUCUCUCUCUCUCUCGACCGCUCGACCACCCUCUCUCUCGACCCCUCACUCUCUCUCGACCGCUCGAUCACCCUCCCUUUCUCGACCGCUCGACCUCUCUCUCUCUCGACCGCUCGACCACCCUCUCUCUCUCAACCGCUCUCUCUCAACCGCUCGACCCCCCUCUCUCUCUCUCUCGACCACUCUUUGUCUCAAGACCGCUCGACCUCUCUCUGUCUCUCUCUCGACCGCUCGACCCCGCACUCUCUCUCGACCGCUCGAACUCUCACUCUCUCUCGGCCGCUCGACCCUCCUCUCUCUCUCUCGACCGCUCUCUCUCUCACUCUCUCUCGGCCGCUCGACCCUCCCCUCUCUCUCUCUCUCUCUCUCGGCCGCUCGACCUCUCGACUUCUUUAAUUUGCGAAUGUAA